GUGCAGAAAACCGGAAAAAUAUCAGCGAAAAGUUAGCGGAAGGUGCACAAAGCAUUGGUUGGUGAGAAAAAGACGAUUCAAGCACAACAUGUACAAAGAUCUGCUUGGCGGGGUAACGUACAAGCAUUGAGAAAGCAAAGGGAUCAUUUGGACGGGUGUGCGAAAUCCGUGAACCAUGGCCAUAAUGCUGUGCUACGAGGGAAGACUGAGCCUGUACUGCUUUCUGGGCGGAAUGGCCAGCUUGCUGGUGUUCUACGGGGCAGAAGCAUUCCUGCACGAGGAAAGCAUAUGGACCAAGGUGGCCCUUUCGGUGGGCUACUACAUUUCGCUGAACGUUAUCAUACGGAUAAGAUACAACCCGCGGGAUUAUCAGAUUGCCGUGAGGGCUGCAUUCCUGGGAACUGUAUUAUCAGCCGGAAUCGUUGUUGUCCUUUACGCUCAGGAGCAGUACAAAUCGUUUGGCAUCUAUGCCACCCUGAUGGCACUGUUUCAUUACACGGAAUAUCUGGGUAUUGCCAUUUGCAACCCGAAAACGCUGUCACCCGACUCGUUCAUUCUGAACCACUCGAUACAUUACGGGUUGGCCGCUGCGGCAAGCUGGAUUGAGUAUUUUGUCGAGGUGCAUUACUUCCCAGAAAUGAAAACAUACAAGUCGGUAUGGAUUGCUGGCUUGCUGCUGUGUCUAGCGGGAGAGUCACUCCGGAAGGUGGCAAUGAUAACGGCCAGCAAGAACUUUAGUCACAUCGUUCAAUUCGAACGACACAACGAGCACGAGCUGGUGACACACGGUGUUUAUGGUUGGAUGAGACACCCUUCCUACGUGGGAUGGUUCUAUUGGUCGAUAGGCACCCAGAUUACGCUGGCCAAUCCCGUGUGCUUCGUAAUUUAUGCAAUCGCUAGCUGGAAAUUUUUCCACGACCGAAUACUGAUGGAGGAAAUAACGUUGCUGAACUUUUUCGGCGAAGAGUACAUCCAGUACCAGGAGCGUGUUCCCUCCGGCCUGCCGUACAUAAGCGGGUUCCGCGUGGAACCAUGAUAUUUCGAGCACGAUCCCGGCUGCGAGGAUCAAACCAGUUUUCACACGGACAAACGCAAUGAGACUGAUGAGCGCGUAGGAACCGGCACGGUCCGGCGAUCCUUCGAGGACAAUAACGAGCGACACGUGCUGGAAAUGGCAAAGGUGGAUGUGGAACGAAGAAGAAGCAUCGGCGGUGGUGGCAGUGGUGGUGGAAUAGAGCACAGUCGUAACCGGAGAUACUCGGGAACGUACGAUAACUGUGAUGAUCAGGAUGCAUCAUCAUUGGUGUAGGAAUCGUAUCUCGGUUCAUUUCCCUCCGGAUGGGGAUUUUCUUUUGUUGCAUUUUUUU